AAUAAAACCCCCACCUGACAGCACACCCUUCUAUCCUAGAUCAACGAUUCGAGGGCUUCAGAUCGCAUUUUACGUUAUCCUUGCGAUUAGCUCCUCAAAAGUCGAUAUGGCUGAGGUUAGCCCCUUCGCCGAGUUCUUGGGGCAGGCGAUCUACCAGUUCACGGCCGUAAAGCCUCUUCUGCCAACAUACGGACAUCUGCUCCUCUCGGUUCUAUUCCCUAUCUACAUUGGCUCCCACGCCUCGCUCUCACGGCCAUCUUCUGCAGCAGAGCCGCCCAAAAAAUCCAAAGAUGCUGAUGGCGAUGAAUCGGAUGAUGAAGACGAAGACGAAGACGACGAAGAACAAGGCAACGACCGAAAGAUGGAAGGCCUUGCACCGAGCGACGCUUUGGUCUUCCCUCUGACAGCUGGUCUCACACUUGGAGGAUUGUAUGUUGUGAUGAAUUGGAUGGGACCUGAUAAAUUGAACAAGAUAUUAGGCUUCUACUUUUCUCAGAUGGGCAUUUUCUUUGCCAUGGCUUUCCUGAAAGACAGCCUUUCGGUGCUAAGGUCCUUUGUAUUUCCCCGGAAAUAUAGCAAAGCAGGCAAAACCUGGAAGGCCAGGCAGUCGGAUCGUGUUUUCACACUUGCACAGGAAGGUUCAACUACUUCAGAAUCUCUGGAAUCGCAGAGUUCUCCUCUCCCAGGUAUAUUUGGCUCUAUCCCAUUGCCAGGAUGGAUUCUCAGCCUUCUUUGGACCUGUCGGAGCUUGAUAUAUCAACGAGCCAAACUUCGGAUCCAUCUACGCCGCAUAUUCAAAAUGGACUGCUCAGUUGGCCUCUUGGACCUCAUUAGUCUCGGCCUGGCUUUGCCCGCAAUUGGUUAUUUCACCUUCGUUAUGAAGCCUUGGUGGUUGACUAAUUUCUUGGGCUUUAGCUUCUGCUACGGAACUCUCCAGUUCAUGUCGCCAUCUAGCUUUGUCACCGGAUCGCUCAUUCUGAGCUCAUUGUUCUUCUACGAUAUCUACUUCGUUUAUUUCACUCCAUUGAUGGUAACCGUUGCAAAAGGCCUGGACGUUCCCAUCAAGCUCGUCUUUCCUCGCCCCGCUGGACCCGAUGCACCUCCAGAUGCUGUCUCUUUGGCUAUGAUAGGAUUGGGUGACAUCAUUAUUCCGGGCAUGAUGAUUGGAUUGGCCCUGCGUUUUGAUCUCUUCCUCUAUUACAAGAGAAAGGGAAUACAGAAGGCUCAGGCAGAAGGCAAGAUCCAGGACAUCGUUAGACCAGUGUAUCAAUCUGCAACUGGAGGAUGGGGAGAGCGGUUCUGGAUAUCGUCCGUCGCCACGAGCCAGCCCACCUUGGAACCUCCUUAUCACGAUGCUAGGUCUUUCCCUAAGACGUACUUCAAAACCAGUAUGGUUGGGUACAUAAUUGGCAUACUUGUAACGCUCACCAUCAUGCAAUGCUUCGACCAUCCCCAACCUGCUCUUCUUUAUUUGGUACCUGGAGUCUUGAUUUCCUUGUGGGGAACUGCUUUUGUCAAAGGUGACCUCGAAGAGAUGUGGGAAUUCACUGAUGCCGACGAGGAAGAGGAUGAUAGCGAAGAAAAGGCCGAGAAGCAGGUUGAGGAAGCUCCCGCUACGAACGUUGGUUUCUUCCGCCGCAUUCUGUCAGGAAAAGCCAAUGCCACGAAGAAACUUAGGAAAUCAGAACCAUCUUCUAGAAAGCCUGAUGAAAAGGAAAGCGCAACUGAGGCAAAGGGACAUCGCGGCGAAGAGCCAAAGAAACCCUCGAAAGGAAGCGACACCAAGAAUUUGGAGUUGUUUACAAUCUCAUUGUAUAUUCCCCAUAAGGGCAGGGCUGAUACGGCCGAUCAACCGAAAAGCCCAGCAAACGAUGAUAAAUCCAACGACGAUGAGAACUGGUCUAUUGUUGGUAAUGCACAGCAGGAAGAUGAGCCCCCCGCGAAACGGCGCCGAAGGAGCCCCAGGAACGCAGGCCCAGCUUCUCCCACAACAUGAGUACUAAACGAAUAUUACCGUGUUUAGCGUUGAUGGCGUCCUACCAUUUCUUGCUUACCUACAGCAGCAGUUGUAAC